AUGGCGCUGGAGGAGACCCAAAACAAUGGGUCCGCCGUAGCGGUAGGCCCCAAGGAAAAUGGCCCCCCACCCCUGAAGCAGCAACCACCCCUGCAAGGUCAGGCGCAGAUCCAACCGUCGACAUCGAACGAAAAGCUGAACAACAUCGUCAACGGUGGUGGUGGUGGUGCCGCUGCGGAAAAGUCACGAUCCAACAACAAACAGAAUGACACAAACACAGCGUUCCUGCGGGCAGCUCGAGCGGGCGAUCUUCAGAAGCUCAUAGAGUACCUCGAAACAGGUCAGGUGACCGACAUCAACACGUGCAAUACGAACGGUCUCAACGCACUGCACCUUGCGGCUAAGGACGGCCAUUACGAUAUCGUCAACGAGUUGCUGAAACGUGGAGCUCUCGUCGACAACGCCACUAAGAAGGGAAACACGGCACUCCACAUCGCAUCGUUGGCAGGCCAGAAGGAUAUCAUACAGCUGCUGCUACAGUACAACGCGUCGGUGAACGUACAGUCCCAGAAUGGCUUUACACCACUGUACAUGGCCGCGCAGGAAAACCACGACGAGUGUGUAAAUUAUCUACUCGCAAAGGGUGCUAAUCCGGCGCUCGCCACAGAGGAUGGUUUCACGCCGCUGGCCGUGGCGAUGCAGCAAGGUCACGAUAAAGUAGUAGCCGUGCUGCUUGAGAGUGACACUCGCGGAAAGGUGCGAUUACCAGCGCUGCAUAUAGCAGCUAAAAAGGAUGACGUCAAGGCGGCGAAGCUGCUGUUGGAGAACGAGCAUAAUCCGGAUGUAUCAUCGAAGAGUGGCUUUACCCCACUGCACAUCGCCGCCCACUACGGCAACAUAAACGUCGCCCAACUGCUGAUCGAGAAAGGUGCCGACGUUAAUUUCACCGCCAAGCACAAUAUCACACCGUUGCACGUGGCCUGCAAGUGGGGUAAACUGAACAUGGUGCGGCUGCUGAUUGAGAAACAUGGCCGCAUCGACAGUAUCACCCGAGACGGAUUGACGCCAUUGCACUGUGCCGCACGUUCCGGUCAUGAUCAGGUGAUCGAGGUGUUGCUGGAGCACGGUGCGGAGAUCAUUUCCAAAACCAAAAACGGUCUUGCCCCGUUGCACAUGGCAGCCCAGGGUGAACAUGUUAGUGCGGCACGCAUUCUGCUGAUGAACAAGUCCCCUGUCGACGACAUAACGAUCGACUAUUUGACCGCCCUGCACGUCGCCGCCCACUGUGGUCACGUGAAGGUGGCGAAGCUGUUGCUGGACCGAAAUGCGGAUCCAAAUGCGCGCGCCCUAAACGGUUUCACGCCACUGCAUAUCGCCUGCAAGAAGAACCGCAUAAAGGUGGUAGAACUGUUGCUGAAUCAUGGUGCAACGAUCGGGGCAACGACGGAGAGCGGUCUGACGCCACUGCACGUGGCCAGCUUCAUGGGAUGCAUGAACAUUGUCAUAUACCUGCUGCAGCACGAUGCCAGCCCGGAUAUUCCGACCGUGCGAGGUGAGACGCCACUCCAUCUGGCGGCACGGGCUAAGCAAACGGACAUCAUUCGCAUUCUGCUACGAAACGGGGCCUACGUGAAUGCACAAGCACGCGAAGAUCAGACACCUCUCCAUGUUGCGUCACGGAUCGGUAACAUGGAGAUCGUGAUGUUGCUGCUGCAGCACGGCGCCAAGAUCGAUGCCGUUACCAAGGACAACUACACGCCGCUGCACAUCGCAGCUAAGGAGGGUCAGGACGAAGUAGCAUCCCUGCUGCUGGACAACGAAGCCAAUGUCGAGGCGGUGACAAAGAAGGGCUUUACGCCGCUUCACCUUGCCGCCAAGUAUGGCAACCUCAAGUGUGCCCAGUUGCUGCUGGAACGAGGUGCCCAAGUCGACGUGCAGGGUAAGAAUGGUGUGACGCCUCUGCACGUCGCUAGCCACUACGACCACCAGAAGGUGGCUCUACUGCUUCUCGAGAAGGGUGCAUCGCCGUACUCGCCGGCUAAAAACGGCCACACGCCACUGCAUAUCGCUUCGAAGAAGAACCAGCUGAACAUCGCCACCACGCUGCUCGAGUACAAGGCGGACGCAAACGCGGAAAGCAAAACGGGCUUCACGCCGUUACACCUGUCCGCCCAGGAAGGCCACAGUGAUAUGGCUCGGGUGCUGCUGAACAACGGUGCCGAUCCGAACCAUGCCGCCAAGAACGGGCUAACACCGUUGCAUCUGUGCGCGCAGGAAGAUCACGUAACGAUCGCAGAAACGUUGCUCGAUCACAAGGCACGUAUCGAUCCGGUUACGAAGACUGGCUUUACGCCGCUGCACGUGGCUGCCCACUUCGGUCAGGCUGGUAUGGUGAAGUAUCUGAUCGAGAACGACGCAAAUAUCGAGAUGAAAACGAACAUUGGCCACACGCCGUUGCAUCAGGCCGCCCAGCAGGGUCACACACUGAUCAUCAACAUUUUGCUGAAGAACAAGGCCAACCCGGAAGCCGUCACGAACGGCGGCCAGACGGCACUUUCGAUCGCGGACAAGCUGGGAUACAUCACGGUUGUGGAAACGCUGAAGGUGGUCACGGAAACAAGCGUCACGCAGACGGUGGAUGAGAAGUUCAAGAUCGUCGGACCGGAAACCAUCCACGAGACGUUCCUCUCCGAUUCGGAAGACGAAGGGCCCGAAGGAGGCACACCGCCCCCAGCGACCGCCGUGAAAGCCCUAUUGCAGGCGCAGCAAUUGUACGGUGGCAGCGGUGCUAUCAAGUACUAUCAAUCGCAAAUGCGUUACACACGUGAGGAUCCGAUCAUGUCCGACCAGCAGCAGUACAACUAUAUGACGAGCGACGAGAACAAGCAGUUUGACGAUACAAACCUCACCAACAUGAGCAUCGAUCCGUUGAAGGACGAUAAGUACCUGGAGAAGAUCAUCUCUCGGGCCGAGAACUACACCGUGUCGGCCAUGGAUCGCUCCCAUACGCCCAACCCGCUUGACAUCACCGUGACGGACAAUGUUAACAUCACCCGCAAACCGAUCCACCUUGGAUCGCAAAGCAGCGAUGCGCUGUCGUUGACAAUCGACCGAUUAGCCAAAUUGUACUGUGGUUAUCAGAAAAAGUUUGUUCCGAUGUGUAGGGAAAGAUUUUUGGUGUCCUUCCUCGUCGACGCCCGUGGUGGUGCUAUGCGUGGUUGCCGUCACAGUGGUGUACGAGUGAUCGUACCUCCACGAUCGGCAGCACAACCAACGAGAAUCACGUGUCGUUACGUAAAGCCCUCAUCGCAACGCGUCAUAAACGGACCACCGCUGAUGGAAGGUGAGGCUCUGGUAAGCCGCAUUCUCGAGCUGGCCCCGGUUGGCGCCAAGUUCCUUGGGCCCGUCAUCCUCGAGGUGCCACACUUUGCAUCAUUACGCGAAAAGGAGCGCGAAAUCAUCAUCCUGCGCUCCGAUAACGGGGAAACCUGGCGCGAGCAUACACUCUACGACAGCGAAGAAGCCAUCCACGAGGUGCUGAAUGAAACGUUCAAGGGCGAUACGCUGAACUUCCUGGAGGAUCUUCACACGAACCGCAUCACACGCGUCGUAACCAAUGAUUUCCCGCACUAUUUCUCAGUUGUGUCUCGCAUACGGCAGGAAGUGCACGCAAUCGGACCGGAAGGUGGAACAGUUUCCGCUUCAGCUGUACCGCAAGUACAGGCCAUCUUCCCGCAGAAUGCGCUCACGAAGAAGAUACGCGUUGGACUGCAGGCCCAACCGAUCGAUAUGAAUACCACGGCGAAUCUGCUUGGACGUAGCGUGGCGGUGUCCCCAGUCGUUACGGUGGAGCCACGUCGUCGUAAAUUCCACAAGGCGAUCACGCUCAGCAUGCCUGCACCGAAGGCGUACAAUUCGGGUAUGAUCAAUCAGUAUUCGGGCAAUGCGCCGACAUUACGUCUGCUGUGUUCGAUCACCGGUGGCCAGAACAAGGCCGUUUGGGAGGAUGUGACCGGAUCGACGCCACUCACAUUCGUGAAUGAUUGCGUUUCCUUCACGACAACCGUGUCGGCCCGGUUCUGGUUGAUGGACUGUCGCAACAUCAGCGAAGCGACGAAGAUGGCCACAGAGCUGUACUCGCAGAUGGCGCAUGUCCCAUUCAUGGUGAAGUUUGUUGUGUUUGCGAAACGCGUCGAUCAGAGCGAGGCGAAGCUGAGCGUCUUCUGCAUGACGGACGACAAGGAGGACAAAACGCUCGAGCAUCAGGAACACUUUACGGAGAUAGCGAAAUCUCGGGACAUCGAGGUGUGCGAAGGACGCACGAUCUAUCUCGAGUUCGCGGGCAACCUUGUUCCGGUGAUGAAAUCAGGCGAACAGCUCGCUCUGCAGUUCAGCGCGUUCAAAGAAAACCGUCUAACGUUCACGGUAAGAAUCAAAAACAGUCUGGACGAUCUGCUGGGACGCAUCUCGUUCAUGAACGAACCGAAGGUAGCAAAGGGCGAACCGAUUCAGACGCCCCUUUGCACGCUCAACUUUACGAUCCCGUCCGAGAAGUUUAGUUUGGGUGGAGACGAGCUGGAGACGACCUCCGAGUUUGACCAGAGCUCGACGGAGGUGUUGAAUAGCGAACAGCAGGCCAUCAUCGCCGCCGCCAACCGGGGCAAGACGCUGAAUUUCACUUUCCAAAAUGGUGACGCAACCGGGGACAUACACAAGGCAGACAUCAAGAUCACGGACAUCUGCAAUCUUCUCGGUUCCGACUGGCCAUUGUUGGCGGACGAACUUGACAUCGCUCCGUCGGACGUGGAGUUGAUCCGAGCGGAAUAUCCCAACGAUGAGGCCCAGCAGUCGGUCGUGAUGUUGCGGUUGUGGUUGCGCCAGGCCGGCAAGGAUGCGACUGGCAAUGUGCUAGAGCAGGCCCUAAUCAAAAUCAACCGGCCCGACAUUGUGAACAAAUCGAUCACAAAUUUGGAACCGGUGACAGAUGAGUACGAGCGUCGCGUGGCGCAGCGCCAGAUCGGUUCGAUGAACGGACUCGAUGAAAUCGAUCCUGCGAAGGUAAACGGAGUUGGAAACGGCAUGUUACAUGAAUCCGGACACGAACAGACCGAAGAAAAGCAGGAACACGAGGCAGUAGAGAAGCACAAACAGUCACCAACGAAUAACGACUCGCCGACGGAUUCGGUGUCGCCGGAUAACACGGAAGCGUUCCAGCAGAUUCGCCGUGAGAGCGAAAUCCUUGGAAUAGCUGCGAUGAAAAAGGAAGACCUCUCGACUCCGCCGCCCAGUCCGGCUGAUUUCAGUACGCAAGUCAGCCAGAACAGCAGCCAGGCGGGUGUCGACGACGGGCGCAACGACGCAGUUGCCGAGGACGUACAAGAAAUCAUUCAGCAGGCCAUCAAAGACCAUGACACGCAUGACGAGGACGAGGAAGACGAUGCUGCGGUGGCGGUGGGACCGGCUGGUAGCGAAUCGAUGCCGGUCAGCGAUCGAGAUGAAGACUCCGAAGGGUUCGAGGUGGACCUGGAGACGGACAAGAGUGGCAUGGUGCGAACGAUCAAGAAACACUCCAAGGUCAACAUCAAGAUCAACAAAACAGUCGCCCAGCGACCGAACGUGGGUGACAUAGAGUGGGAAACGCCGGAACCGGAACCACGCCAACCACAAAUUGAGAUCUCCUCCUUGAACCUGGAGGACGUUUCGAACGAUCGGCGCUACAGUUUGGAUCACAUUGAUCCCGUGGCCGAAGGACUCUCCGUCGGUGGUAGUACCCGGGCGUACGAAAAAUCUCUCUCGACUCCCGGCGAUUCCGCCCAGAAGAAAUCGGAACAGAUCGUCAUCAUAUCGUCCGAUAACAACAUCUCUGAGGUACCGGCCGACUACUCCGGUGACAUCGACGAAUUCAUCUUCGUGCAAACGUCUCCCGAAAACUUCGCCAAGAUGGAGAAGGAACAAGCCGCAGGUGGUGUGGUCACGGACGAAGACGACAACAGCAACCUAGUGAUCAUAACGGAGGAGCAUUAUGACUACGAGCUAACGAGCGAUGACGAUCGGCGUUCGUCGAGCAUGCUGGAGGAUCCUUCUCCACCCGAGGAAAAGGACCUCGAAGGAUACACAGUGGCACCGUCCUCUGAGCCAAACACUGGCACGCAGAAACGCUUCAUUGUGGGUGGCAGCAGUAGUUCAGAGAGCGAAGAAGACCCGCAACAACGGCACCAGCGAGAGCACGCGUCCUCCAUCGGACGGCGCACGGUUCGGACAAAACCGGUGCCCACAGGGCUUACGAUUACCGAGGACGAAACGGUCGUGUUGAAGGGCAACGCCAGCCCGUCGAUAAUCGUCAACCAGCCGCCACCGCCACCGGGCCAGCCACCCUCCAGUAGCACCAGCAACAACUUCUCCAUCCGUACGGGACCGGGAUCGUCGAGUGGGUCAGAUGUGGCCUUGCACGAAACUGCGGGCGAGCUGAGCGAUGACGAUGAAACAGGUAAUGCCAACAGCAACCAGCCCGCGGUCCCCAAAAGCGACCGCCCCGGUGACAAACCGGAACCGGACACGGCAUUAGCCGACGAAUCGCACCCUCCGUCGAUCGUCUCCGCGUCCGGUGUGGCGGUGAUCGUGACCCAAGUGUCCAGCGAGCUGAUCGACGAUGAAGAACCGCCACAGGUGGUGGAAGAUAUGUUGGUCGAUCUUGCUUACGGUGACGGUGACGAUGGCGAACAGGAGGCGAUCGUAGCUAACAGCGAUAGCACUGAUAUACGUAGCACCGGUGGUGGCUCUGUACUUGUCGAAAUGGAAUCGGGCCUGGCGGAAAACAGUACCGAAAUUAAAAACUAUCUUGUUCAGAACAACGACCAGCUGGCAGGUAUGGAGCCAAGCGAACCGCCAAUGGAACCCACAACCCAGUUCAGCAACGGAACCAAUCGAACGGAGACAAACACCUUCGUGGAUGAGUCGGACGAUGGAACCGUCCGCACUACAAUCAUUACCACAACGACGACGCUGAACACGACCGGGGACGAGUUGCCGGAGGAUCUGGAGGAGCAGCUACUGAAGCAGCUACGAGACCAGCAGUUGCUGCAGGAACAGCGAGAGCAGCAGCAGCAGCAGCAACACCAACCGGUGAUAAUAACGACAACCACCUCCGAGGAAGACCCGGAAACGGGCCUAGAGACAACGUCCACCUCAACGACGCGGACAACCACGACGACCAAAACCAUCACGCUAACACCCGAUGGCGACUUCCCGGAGGAUGAGCUGCUGCAGAAGAUUACGACAACCACAACGCACACCUCCCAGCAGAACGUACCAGAAAUGUUGAAGGAAACGACCGUCACCGUGACGGAAAUGGUCGAUGGGCGAACGCUAGACGGGGCCGCGAAAGCACUCAACAAUAUAGUAGACGACUUCAUGAACCAGGAGCGUAGAAAUUAAGCGUAUGUCACGUUGUUGUAAGUGUUUCUCUUCUCUAGCACGUAGCGUCGCAACACUCGGUGCGUUUGUCGAUCGGUUCAUCGUGGGCCAUCGCGGUAACAUGAUCGCUGAUUUCGGUCAGCAUUACAUAGGUCUAUCCAGGGUUUCCUAAUGCGCUGUCGGGUUUGUAUGCACAAACCUAUCAAAUGCACCCGGUGCGGGUUAAACAAGUAGCCUACCGCCCUUUCCGUCAGUUAUCUAGCCUGCCCAACUCAUCCAGGCUCGUUGUUCACAUACUUUUCGGCAGAGCCCCCGAUUUUCGGGUGAACGAGAGGACCACAACGAAAAACUUGCUCCACGGAUUCCACGGAGAACUUUUCAACUCUUUCUUCAAGAAACAAGAGUUGUAAAACCGCAAUCAUAAGUACACAGUACCCGGUGGUGGGUCUGCACUGGGGUCCAGAGAUGGUUGUUUCACAUCGGAACGCUUCGAUACGGUGAACAACGGAUCGUUUCGGCAAAGAUUAGAGGACGCGCUCACGUGAUGGGAUGUUACAAUGAUGAUGAGCGGUGAAACCACGUGCUCUAUCCCGUUUGUAGGCGAUGAAAUAGAGAUCUAACAGAAUAAACACACCCACUCACGCCAGCAUAAAUGGAAUUAAGCUUAACGUACAAAACUUCAUGCAAAACGAAUGCGCGUUGUCAGAACACUAGUGAACGUAGCGGAAAGUCAUUCGAGACAGCAUUGUGAACCAUGCGAAUACAAAACUCUAGUUAGUCGAGCACACAAAGAUUCAGAACCUAACAAAAACGUAAAUCCACGAGCGGGCAUAUUCAUAUACAUAUUUAUCUUUAACUUUAAGACAUACCAUGUUUCAAGCACAUAAUGCUAAGGAGUUGAAGGGAAGUAAAGAGUGACGUGUGAGUGACUGCAUCGCCCUUCAGAAAAGCUGCACUCCUGCUGGAAGUUGCGUAGAUUCAGGCUAGAAAUUCGACGUACCCGCAACACACUAGCGCUAUAGAUUAGAAGCCAUCGCCACGAUCGAACAAGACGACAGGGCAUUAUUAGGCGUUCCGCUGGCUCUGCGCAUUUAGGAGGAAUUCAAAUUUUGAGCAAAUAAUCGAAAAGCUUCACAUCAAAACUUUCCCGCUGCUGCAGGAAACAGCGUAGAAAUGAUUGUAUAAGAUAAAUUAUCGCUUCGCUUAUCGUUCGCGUCCUUGCGGCGGAAGAAAGAUAGUAUGUGGGUGUGUGGUGCUAGUUAGGCAUCAAACGAUUAACGUUGUGCUCAUGCUAGUAAGUGCAAGGUAAAUCUCAACGUACACGCUAGUGCAAGUGCAAGUGAAGGAUUUUUUUAAAGCACGUGUGUAAAACGUGCAACAUAGAGAGGGAUGUUUUUUUUUUUUAAUUUUAAAUUGUUUACUGUAUUUAUUCUGCGUGCUGUCUAGGUUUAGGCAUUCGACGAACGAAUUGCUUUGCAAUUUUUAGUGUUUGUUUUCCUUCUUAUUAUUAUGAUUAUGAUUAAUAUUAUUGCCCUGCACCUAACCCUUCUUUUACCAGUGAUUUCAAGCAUAAAUGGGCACACAGGGCAACCGAAUAUUUUCGUGUUUGCGUUUAUUUAAUUGUAAAGGUGUACCAAGUAAGAUUUCUGUUUCGUUGUACGUUAUCGCGCAAGUGGCUUUGAUUGUGAGCUCUAGGCAAUUGUCUAGCUACUGCUGGCUACUAUUUAUCUCAAUGUGCUGCAAAUGACGCUUCCUAACGCAGAAACUUUUCGGAAAUGUUUGCCCCUUUUGUGGAAAACGGCCGCGGAAAGGCGUACAAAAAAAAAGAUUGCAAAAUUACGCAAACUGCGAAGUACGGAAUAUAAGUUGACCAUUUUAUCAGAAGUAAUUUUUGAAUUCGUC